CUGUUCUUUCUUUUUAAAAACCAAUCCAAAUAACCCAAAUUUCAGACCCAGCCUCCGCCGCCGUCAAAGAAAGAAAAUCCUCCAAUUUGGGAGCUGCUAGGUUUAAAUCCAUGGCUUCUUCUACGGCGAGAAAAGAUAUUGAUAGAAUCAAAGGUCCGUGGAGUCCUGAAGAAGACGAGGCGUUACAAAGAUUGGUUCAAACCUAUGGACCACGAAACUGGUCUUUAAUAAGCAAAUCGAUCCCUGGCCGGUCCGGCAAGUCGUGUAGAUUACGGUGGUGUAAUCAGCUCUCGCCUGAGGUCGAGCACAGGCCGUUCACGCCUGAUGAAGACGAUACCAUUAUCAGAGCGCAUUCUCGGUUUGGCAAUAAAUGGGCCACCAUCGCUCGUCUACUCAAUGGCCGUACUGAUAACGCUAUUAAAAACCAUUGGAACUCUACCCUCAAGCGAAAAUGUAACGACUUAAGCGACGACGUAUUACAUCCUAACCCUCAGCCUCUUAAAAGAUCUGCUAGCGUGGGCGCUCCGGGUUCUAACGUAUCGGGCUAUCUUCACUUGAACCCGAGUAGCCCAUCCGGAUCUGAUCUAAGCGAUUCAAGUUUUCCUGACAUGUCACCCUCUCCUUCUCCCGUUUUCCGGCCGCUGGCGAGAACGGGAUCCCUCGGUUUGCCACCGACGCCUUCUAUUUCAUCUUCCAUUAAAGAUCCGGCAACAUCGUUGAGCCUUUCUCUUCCUGGAUUCGAUUCUUGCGAAGGUUUCAAUCAAAUACCCGGUUCAGGAUGGGGGUUGGGUCAAGCAGUAGAUAACCCGGCGCCUAUUGCAGAAUCAGCAUCGAAAGGUGUAGGUGGACAGCAGCAGCAGGAGUAUGAGAAGCAGUUCUUUAAUCCAGAGUUCUUGACAAUUAUGCAAGAGAUGAUAAGGAAGGAAGUUAGGACUUAUAUGUCGGGAGUUGAACAGAACGGGAUGUGCUUGCAAACUGAAGCUAUUAGAAAUGCUGUGGUUAAGCGAAUUGGGAUUAGCAGAAUCGAGUAAUUAAAAAACUAUAAUCAUAAUCAGAAACAGAUGUCUUUUGUUUCUUUUAAUUUGCUUUAAGUCGUUUCUUUAUACACAAGUAAUAGUAAUAAUUUUGGUAGUGUACAGAGGAAGAGGA